AUGAACGUGUCUGGACAUGUGAACCUGACGGCUGGGCAGGUGGUGGGCGGGCGGUUCCUGAUCGAGGGCAGGCUGGGGCAGGGCGGCUUCGGCUCCGUGUACGGCGCCCUGGGCCUGCACACCGGCCGCCGCUGCGCCCUCAAGGUGGAGCGCGGCGGCAGGAACGCGCUGCUACGGGAGCUAGAGGUACUGUCAGCGGUGGGCGGCGAGGGCAGCGUGGCGCCCGCCCCCCUGGAGUGGUGGCGCCUCGGAAACCACAGCGUGCUGGCCAUGGAGGCGAAGGGCGCUACCGUGCGGGGCGUCAACGGUAGCCUGGCGGCCGUGGGCGUAGUGAUGGCCGGCGUGCUGGCGCUGCUAGCAGAGCUGCACGGGCGCGGCUUCGUGCACCGGGACGUGAAGGCGAGCAACAUCGUGCGCGGCUACCCUGACGACCCGCGGGACGCGCGCCGCCUCUAUCUGGUGGACUUCGGGCUGGCGGAGCGGUUCCGCGCGCCCCGGGGCGAGCACGUGCCCCUGCGGGAGGGCGUGCGGCCCAAGGGCACCUUCCAAUACCUGAGUGUGCGCAGCCACCGCCAGCUGCUGCAGUCCCGCCGCGACGAUCUGGAGUCCCUGGCCUACAUGGCGAGUGUGCUGCUCAAGGGGCGCCUGCCGUGGUCCUUCUCGUCCAGGCGGCGCCCCACACACCCCAAGGCGGCGCGCAUCAAGGAAAGCCGCACCCACGCCGUCUUCAGCAGCUGCCCGCGCGUCUUUGCUGACUUCCUGCAGUACGCGCGCGGCCUGGAGUACGCCGCGGAGCCAGACUACGCCGCCUGGCGCCAAGCCUUCCUGCACCUCGGGGCCCGCACCGACCCGCACGGCGUCGCGCUGCACAAGUGUCGCAUGGACGUGUACCGCCCGCACCGCCGCAACACCAACACAACACGCCCAAUCCUUAAUUAG